AUGCACUGGAGAAUUGGUCGACAACAAUUCAAAGUUAUCGAAAAUAAACAGGCGAAAGGAAAAGCUACAGGAAUAGGCCAAGAAGGUGCUUGGAGCAAACGUCGUCAACUUCACGCCUAUGCUUUAAUUGGUACAAACAAGGCAGAAUUUAUUGUCUUACGGCAAAUGAAGAAGAUUUAUUGGGACAAAAUUGAACUCCAUUUUAUUUUUGAACUCAAAAAAUUAAAUCAUGAUAAUUUAACAACAUUUAUGGGUAUAUGUUACAAUGAUGGGGACAAAUUUUAUGUGUGCCAUUCACUUGUGGAAAGGGGAACUCUCGAAGAUUAUAUACACGAUCUCGAUUUUCAAUUAGACAACACUUUUCGUUCUGCCUUCCUUCGAGAUAUACUCAAAGGUGUCAAAUAUUUACACAAGUCGUCUAUUGGAUACCAUGGAAUGUUGAAUUUACAAAAUGUUUUGAUCGAUUCCAAUUGGGUGUUGAAAUUGACCAAUUUUGGAAUUGGAAAUUUAUUAAAUAGGGCUAUUAGGAGGGAACAAUUACAAUUAAUUGAGCUGAUUCCGUUAAAUACCUAUUUAACGGUUGCACCAGAGAAUUUAAUAGAUAUAUCCUAUGGAAGAGAAUACCCAAACGGAACAACAAUAGGCGAUAUUUACAGUAUGGGGAUGGUUAUGUACCACAUUUUGUUUCGACUUGCCCCCUACGAAAGAACAACCCUAAGCCCAAAAGAAGUUAUUGACCAAGUCAGACAACACAAUUUAAAGCCUAUUCUCGAAAAUACUUUGCCUGAGGAAAAACCUUUGGUGGAUGCAAUGGAACAAUGCUGGCAGAAGAAUUUGGAUUUGCGCCCGAGAUUGAGACAGCUAGCUCAAGUUGUUUCUACAGUGUUUCAGGCGUCGCAAGGCAACUUAAUCGACCAAAUGCGAAGAAUGAACGAAAAACACGCCUUAAAUCUCGAAAAAUUGGUAACCCAACGAAACGCCGAAUUGGCACAAGCUCGAGAACAAACAGAACGUUUACUAAACGAAAUGUUGCCCCCAAGUAUUGCUGCACAAUUAAAAGAACAUAAAUCGGUUGAACCUCGCUCUUAUGAUUCUGCUACAGUUUUGUUCUGUCAAUUGGUUGAUUUUUCUACUGUUUUGAGUAAAUUCCCGCCGGAUCAAGUUAUUGACUUUCUUAAUCAAGUUUUCUCUACGUUCGAUACAAUUAUACGAAAUCAUGAUGCUUAUAAGGUUGAAACUACUGGGGAGACAUAUAUGGUGGCGUCUGGAGUCCCUAACGAGAAUGAAAAUAGACAUGUUUUUGAAAUAUCAGAAGUUGCUAUGGAAUUUAGAGAGGUUUUUUUAAUUUUUUUUAAAUUUAUUGAUUUUUCGAAGGUUUCCUACACUUAUAAAUCAAUAAAUUUCCCUGAUUGGAAAUUACAAUUAAGAAUUGGCUAUCAUUGUGGGCCUAUUGCUGCUGGGGUUAUUGGAAUUAAAGCACCUCGAUAUUGCCUUUUUGGAGAUACUGUCAACUUUGCUUCUCGAAUGCAGAGCAAUGCGGCACCCAACCAAAUCCAAAUGAGCGAAUCUACUGCGCUUUUGUUAAUGGGAGUGUCAAAGUAUAAGUUGACGAAACGAGGCAUUGUCAAAGUGAAGGGGAAAGGAGAGGUAAAUACUUAUUGGCUCAAUGAAUGGCGUUCAAAUGAAGGACAAAACCCUGUGGACGGAAGUGGAGGAGGCCGAUUAUUGCAAGAACCUUUAAUCCCUCCAAGGACAAGUCAAUUACGCAGUCCAAUCCCGACCAGAGAAAGUAGUGCAAUGCUUGGAUUGGAAUUAUUAAAUGAUGCUAUAAUUACAACAACAACACAGGCAGAGCACCGGGCUAAGGAAUAGGCAAGCAUCAAUGAGUAGUAGCAAAAAUCGAGGGGGAGUUGAUGAAAACGAUGAA